UCUCAUAUCAUUUCGAAACCUCGUACUGUGCGGUUCAAACAUUUUUAAGUGAUUUAUUUAUUUUAUAUUAUUGUUGUAAAAUUACAUUUUUCAAAAUGAGAUUAGGAGCCACAGUACCCAAUUUCAAGGCUGACACCACCGAAGGACCCAUCCAGUUUUACGACUGGUCUGGCGAUAGUUGGGUUGUGAUUUUCUCCCAUCCAGCUGACUUCACACCCGUCUGCACCACGGAGUUGGGUCGCAUGGCCGUCCACCAGCCGCACUUCGUCAAGCGCAACACCAAAUUGCUCGCCCUGAGCGUCGACGACUUGCAGAGCCACAAGGACUGGGUCAAUGACAUCAAGUCUUACUGCCAGGACAUUCCCGGAAAAUUCCCGUACCCAAUCAUUUCCGAUCCGAAACGCGAGUUGGCUGUUGCCUUGGACAUGAUCGACGAAGAGCACAAGGACGACCCUGCUCACGCCAUGACCGUCAGAUCUUUGUACGUGAUCGAUCCGAACCACAAAUUGAGAUUGGCCAUGGUUUACCCAUUCAGCACUGGACGUAAUGUCGACGAAGUAUUACGUGUGAUCGACUCUAUGCAAUUGACUGAUCGUCUGAAAGUCGUCGCAACGCCUGCCAACUGGGUUCCUGGUGAAAAAGUAAUGAUCCUGCCAUCCGUUCAGAAUGAGGAAGCAGCCAAACUGUUUCCCAAAGGUGUUGACACUGUUUCUAUGCCUUCAGGUAAGGUUUAUGUGCGCACAACGACUGAUUAUUAAAAAAAAACAAGAACUAUUAUUGCAUACAUAAAAAUAUAUAAUACAUAUCCAAAAUAUUUGCAAAAUAUUUUAAUUAUUAUUUUAUGAACAAUAUUUCGAACCAUAAGCAUUUUAACAUUUUUAUAUACGUGAUUCAUUUACAUUUCAUGAUUGUAGUUUUAUAAAAAUGAUAUAUUCCAAUGUUUUUAUAUAACCUUGUUAAACGCAUGUAUUAUGAAUUGUAUAUUUGUUAAUAAAAUUAUAUGACU